AUGGCGCUGUCAAAGAACAGUGUCUAUUGUUUACUAGCCUCCACCACCCCUUUGGACAAGAACAACAUCUUUGUCUCCUCCUGGGUUCUUCCCCCCCUCCUCCACGGCUGCCUGCGCGUGCUUCUUGGUCUCUACGUCUUCGCUGCUAUCAUCUACUCCUACACCUGGUUCUCCGGCAACAUCGACAUCUACCACCUGCAUGACGUUGAUGAACCUUCGUAUACAACAGCGAUCGGCUCCUCCGCUAUCGGUCGGUCUUUCUCCUAUUUCACAUACCUCUCAUACUAUGGGCAGGGCUUCUAUUUCUUUGUCACUGCGGUGGAUACUUUCUUCUAUACGAAAACGGGAACGAGCUGGCUGCAUAACCGAUUGCCACCGUCCCUGCAAAUCUUGCAUAGCCUGUACUACAGCAUGGUGACAUGCUUUCUUAUUCUAGUCACACUCACGUUCUGGUGCACCAUGUACUUCGGGCCGUGGUACAAGGUGACGUUUGACGCCUGGGCCAACAUCUCCGUCCACGCAAUGAACACAUUCAUGGCCUUGCUCGAGAUCAUCCUGCCCACGACCGAACCAUUUCCCUGGACGCACUUGCCUUUUCUCAUGACCAUCCAGUCGCUGUACCUUGGACUGGCAUAUCUUACGCGUGCGACAGACGGGUUUUGGGUGCAUGAAUGGCUGGAUCCAGAACUGGGCAAGUGGAAGGUCGCGGUGCACGUCGUAUGCUACUCGGUGGUCACCGUCGUCAUCUUUGUCUUUUUGAGAUACACAAUCUGGGUCAGGAAUUGGCUCCUCAGGCGACACUCAAGGAGACAACUCGGCCGGGACGAAGUUGUGGCAGAGAAGCUUGUGGGCAUGGUAGACUCUUCGCGUUCCAGCCGGACCUUUGUGGCUGAUAUCGCGGCACAGACCCUAUCAGAGGGGCUUUGGGUGUCUCCAAUGGUCUAUACGGCACCUAGGGUAGGUCAUCGUGUAAAUUUCUAG